AUGGCACAAGAUACAAAUGCCUAUAGCAGAUCAGAGGAUAGUAGCUGUGAAGACAAAUCAGAAGAUGAAUCAAUUUCAAAUGAUUCCAAAUCUGCAUCCAGCAAUUCUGAAGAUGAUUCUGAUACUUCUGAUAAAAGUGAAGUGCAUGUUGAAUUGAACAAUAACAACCAGUUUUCAUCCUUACAUCUACCAAGAUCUCAAAAGGGUACUAAUUUGUCAGAUUCUGAUGACGAUGACGAUGAUGAAGAAGAGGAAAGAAAAAGGGACAUAAUAAAAAAUGAAACUAAGAAAGACAUAGGAAAGAAAGCAGCUCAAGAUCCGGAACUGUAUUGCAUAAGAAGAUCUGACAGGCGUCGCACUGAAGUUACGAGGAAUCAUUUUGAUGAUAAUAAAAGUUUUGAUAAGAGGAAAAAAAGGAAAAGAACUACUAGGCAAGCAACAACUCGAAGUAAGGCUAAAGUGUCAAACAAAUCAAAAAAAACGUUUUCUUCCUCGGAAGAAGAGGACGACUCGUAUUCUAGUGAUGACAAUUAUAAAAAAUCCAGAAAGGCUGGCAAAAUUUCAAAGCAUAGAAUAACAAGAAGAAAACCGAAUGCUUUCAAAAUAAGUUACAAAGAGGAGUCGGAUGAUGUUACAGAUUCUGAGGACUUAAUUGAAAUAGAUCAAAAUGAAGAGGAAGAGGAUAAAGAACAGUAUGAAACAAUUGAAAAAGUUGUCAAAAGUAGGAUAGGAAGAGUUGGAGCAACUGGAAGUCGAACAACUGUAUAUAAUGUUGAAAAAGAAGGUGAUCCAAAUAAAGGAUUUAUUGUAGGAGGAGAUGAAAAUGGCGAAACUCAGUACUUAAUCAAGUGGAAAAAUUGGGCCAAUGUUCACAAUACCUGGGAAUGUGAAGUCGGUUUAAGAGAACAAAAGGUCAAUGGAAUCAAGAAGUUGGAAAAUUUUAUGAAGAAGGAAGAGGAGCUUGAAAGAUGGAGGAGUUAUGCCACAGCAGAAGAUCAAGAAUAUUACAACUGCCAGCAAGAAAUGACUGAGGAUUUAUAUCAACAGUACUGCUUAAUUGAAAAAAUCGUUUUACACAUACCGAAACCUGGAGCUGAUCAAUGUGACUACCUGGUUAAGUGGGAAGGCCUGCCUUAUUCUGAGUGCACUCAAGAAGAUGGCUCCCUCAUUGUCAAACGUUUUCCUAAAGCAGUUGAAGAGUAUGAAGAGAGGAGAAAGUCUACCUGUUUUCCUAACAAAAAUUCCAGGGCACUGAAAUAUCGGCCAAAGUUUCAAGCACUGAAGACUCAGCCUGAUUACAUAGGUGGGAAGGAUAAAUUAGAACUUCGAGAUUAUCAGCUGGCUGGUCUCAAUUGGUUGUUACAUUCCUGGUGCAAGAAUAAUGGGGCUAUUUUGGCUGAUGAGAUGGGCCUGGGUAAGACCAUCCAAACAAUUUCGUUCCUGUCCACUCUCAUGUAUUCUCAUCAGGUAUAUGGUCCUUUCCUCUUAGUUGUUCCUCUUUCAACUCUUGUCACGUGGAAGAAAGAAUUUGAAACUUGGGCUCCAAAAAUCAACGUUGUGGUUUAUAUUGGGGAUGUUAACAGCAGGGUUUUGAUUCGAGAACAUGAGUGGUACCAUGGAGGCUCUAAACAGUUGAAGUUCAAUGUCAUCCUUACUACUUAUGAAAUACUGCUCAAAGACAAAGCUAUCCUUGGAACAGUUAACUGGGCUGUUUUGGGUGUUGAUGAAGCUCACAGGCUGAAGAAUGACGACUCACUGCUCUACAAAAUUUUGAUAAACUUUGAUACCAACCAUAGAAUAUUUAUCACUGGCACACCCUUGCAGAAUUCUUUAAAAGAAUUAUGGUCUUUGCUUCAUUUUAUCAUGCCAGAAAAAUUUGAUUCAUGGGAAGAUUUCGAGAGACGACACUCCUCCGCUGACAAAACAGGAUUCCGACAUCUUCAUCAAGAACUGGAGCCUUACUUGUUGAGGAGAGUGAAGAAGGAUGUUGAAAAGUCACUUCCCGCAAAAGUGGAACAGAUAUUGAGGGUCGAGAUGACGAAAGUUCAAAAGCAGUAUUACAGAUGGAUAUUGACGAAAAAUUACAAAGCUCUGACGAAGGGUGGUAAAGGAAACAUCACAAGUUUCGUUAAUCUGGUCAUGGAGUUGAAGAAAUGUUGUAACCACAGCUUCCUAGUCAGAUCUCCCACUGAUGAGGAUUACACUAAAAAUCGAUUUGAGUUGUUGGUGAAAUCAAGUGGCAAGUUGAUAUUGUUAGACAAGUUGUUGCUGAAGUUGAGGAAUGCAGGUCACAGGGUUCUCAUCUUUUCUCAGAUGGUCAGAAUGCUUGAUAUAUUAGCUGAAUAUCUGCAAUUGAGGCACUUUCCUUACCAGAGAUUGGAUGGAACAAUUAAAGGUGAUAUAAGAAAACAAGCCAUGGAUCAUUUUAAUGCUGAGGGUUCACAGGACUUUUGCUUCCUGUUAUCAACACGGGCAGGUGGUUUGGGUGUCAACCUGGCCACUGCAGACACUGUCAUCAUUUUUGACAGUGAUUGGAACCCACAGAACGAUUUGCAAGCCAUGGCUAGGGCUCACAGAAUCGGACAGAAAAAUCAAGUCAGCGUGUACCGUCUAGUUACUAAGAAAAGUGUCGAAGAGGAUAUUGUUGAACGAGCGAAGAAGAAAAUGGUUUUGGAUCAUUUAGUCAUUCAGAGGAUGGAUACAACUGGUAGAACUGUACUAAACAGAGCUGGCAUGGGAUCUCAAGCUGGUUCAUCUGCUACACCAUUUAACAAGGAGGAAUUAAGUGCCAUUUUGAAGUUUGGUGCUGAAGAAUUGUUCAAAGAAAGUGAAGAUGAAGAUGAUAUUCAGGUUGAUAUUGACGACAUAUUGAGACUUGCAGAAACCAGGAAUUUUGAAGAGUUGAAAAACAGUGCAACGGAUGAACUGCUUUCAAAAUUCAAAGUCGUGAGUUUUGAUAACUUGGAGGACCAAGAACUUGAACAAAACACCUUCCGAGCUCUGCCCAUGAAGGAUUGGGAAGACAUCAUUCCUGAGUCAGAAAGGAAAAAAAUUGAUGAAGAGGAAAGGUUGCAGUUAAUUAGAGAACAAAAUCUUCCUCCAAGAAGCAGGAAAACUGUAACUGAGAAAAAGGAAGCAGGGUCGGAUGCCGAAUAUGAUGCCCGCAAAAGUAGAAGGAAACAAAAAGAUGAUGAUGAAGAAGAGGAUGAUGAAUCUAGCGACGAUGAUUCUCUUGAUGGUGAGAAGUCUGGUAAGAAAAAGGUCAGGGGCAAAGAAAUUGUUAAGGGCUUUAAUGAAUCCGAAGUCAGAAAAUUUUUGAAGAGUAUGAAAAAAUUUGGUAAAACAUUAGAAAGAUUGGAAGACAUAGCUGGUGAUGCAGAACUCCAAGAAAAAUCUGAAUCAGAUCUGAAAAACCUCGCAGAAUUAAUUCUCAACAAAUGUGAUCAAGUGAUGAAAGAGUAUGAAGAAAAGUUACGAGAAGUGACAACGGCCGAAGAGAAGAAGGCAAUCGGUCGACCGACAUUUAGAUUGGGCAGCAUCAUUGUCAAUGCAAGAUCUGUUCUGCAAUCUCUCAGUGAAUUAGAACCUCUGUGUGACAUCAUGCCUGUCGACGAGAAAGAACGUGAUACCCUACAGAUAAAAGCUCAUGUAAAGAAUGCUCACUUUGACUGUUUCUGGACUGUAGAAGAUGAUUGUCGUCUGCUGCGUGGUGUCUAUGAAUGUGGCUUUGGGAAUUGGGAUGCCAUCAAGAUGGACUCCACAUUCAAACUGCAGGACAAGAUUUUACCUGACGGUGACUUGAAGCCUCAAGCCAAACAUUUACAAACGAGGACUGAAUACUUGCUGAAAAUAAUCAAGAAAAUCAAUGAUUCUUCAGGGAUCAAGAAAAAGCCAGUAAAGAACGUUGGAAAAUCGUCUAAGAAAGUGAAGUCUAAAGAGAUUAUUGACGAGAAUGCAGGAAGUGAGGACAACGAUGAUGCCAGCAAUGAAGCUUCACGAGAUGGUCUCGCCAAGGACAAGAAACUAAAAAAGAAGAAAAAUACAGAUAAGAAAAGUUUAGGAAUGAAGGAUCAUAAAAAGAAGAAAUCUCAUCAUCAUCAUCACCACCAUCAUCACUCCAACCAAACUGGACAAGCUGAUGGCCCUCUGCAUUUCACAACCAACCAAACUGUCUCCGUUGAAGAAGAAAGUGGCCUCGAACCUGAGGUUUUUAAACAAUGCAAGGAGAGUAUGAGGGUGGUGAAGAAAUAUUUACAGCACUUGAAGUCGCCGGACACAUCGAUGGGAGAUGAUGAGUUGCUGAAGCGUACUCGUGACUGCCUCAUCAAGAUUGGAGACCGCAUUACUGCCAUACUCACCGAGUACAAAGAACCUAACAAGAUCAAGGAAUGGAGAGGACACCUGUGGCAGUUUGUUUCGAUGUUCACAGACAACUUUGAUGCACCCAGGCUUCACAAAAUGUACAAACAUGCACUCAAGGGUAGGACAUCUGAACAGGAAAAACUCAACUCUGAAUCGGGUAAUCAAUCAGCCAGCACCUCUCAUUAUCCCACCAACACAGCUUCAUCAUCAACGUCAGUCAGACAUCACCAUCAUCAUCAACAACAACCUUCUUCAUCAUCAACAUCGUCGUCUACUCAUCGGGCUGAUAAAAAUCGAUCGAUGGAUGGAAGAAAAGAAGAUCGGAGAAAAAGAGAUGAAGAAGCAUUUGGUUGGGGUUCCAAAGCAAGGGAUAGGCCGACAAGAGAUCAGGGUUCAUAUCAGAACUCUUAUUCAGAUCACAGGCAGAAAUCAGGCAGUGGUUACUACAGAGACGACAGGUGGAGAUCUAGGUAUGGUGAGCAUGAAGCCACUCAGCAGCAGAGUCAGUCAAACCCUGGAAGUGGUUAUGCGCCUUCUGCCUCUCAGUUCACAUCUUCGUAUCAGUCAAGCUACCAGUCAUCGUAUGAUCGUCCAAAAGGCACUGGUCACCAUCAGCGUGCCAUGGGUAGAGGUUACCCCCACAAUCGUGAUUACACAUCGUCAUCUACUGAUUCUCCUCGGUACUAUCCACCUCGUAGGCCGCCGUACCCUCCCACCGAUAGGAGAGAUCAUCAUGGCUGGUCUGAAGCUAGUUUUUCAAUGGCGUUUGAUUCCAGUUCUGCUGCUGCUGCUGCUGGCAGUGGUACAACCAGUCAAGGAGAUCAAGAAGGAAGAGAUUCCAAGCAUUUUGAUAGGAAAAGAAGGCACGCUGGAUCAACAGAUCGAGACCCCCGGGGUCGUGUCAAUGAAGGAAGGCCUCCAAAAGAUAGUCGAUUGACUGCAUCACCAUCUAAUCGCUACCCGCCGUCAUCUAAUCCCUUACCACCUCCACCACUUCCAGGCAUGCAUCCGCCACUUCUUACCAUGCCACCUCCAGCACUCUCCAUGCAUCUAAUGGCCCCGCCUCCCAUCAAUCAGUAUCCUAUGCAGCCACCAGCAUAAUAAAUCAACUUGUAUAUUGGUUGUCAACCAAUGGACCUCUGGAGCAACCUUGUUGCAGUGGCAAAUUGGCUCCGACCUCGAUUGGACAUCAACAAUAAAAUCAACUUGUAUAUAUAUUCACAUCUGAAUCUAAACUGUACAUAUUUACAUUUAUUAUUUAACACUGUUAUUAAAAACCGCGUUUUUGAUUUAAUUAUGUUUAAAUUGAUUUAUUUGUUCUUACUAAUUAAGUGAAAUACUAAUUUUAAUCAGGAAAAACCGAAUAAUUUAGCAUGAAAUUGGACAAGCGUAGCGUUUUUAUUUUCCAUUGAAAUGCAAUCUGUAUUUAACGUUCAUCUACUGCAGUGGAUAUUUUCCGUUCAAAUAAAUGAUAGAAAUUUAUUUUUGUAAAA